AUGCGUUAUUUUACGGAUGUGGAUGCAGACAUGAUGAACAUCCACAACUGGUUGGCUGAUGAAGAUCAAAGUCUUCCAAACAUGUUCGCUACGACUUACCCGGCUCCGUGUGCCAUUGCCAGUCAAUCGAACCUUGAACUCGACACUUAUCAAGUGGGGACCAAGUUCAACAAAAAUCCUCCAUCGUACGAAGAACACAUGAAGCGAUAUAACAUUAACCAAAGUCUCGGCUCGAAUACUUCGGACACCAUUAAAAAUGAAUACCAGUCAAUCGGCAAUUAUUCUCAUUCAUUGCAAAACCAGGCGGAAUUGAUGGAACCCUAUCGCAGAGAAACACGCAAUAUGUGUUAUCCUUAUUGCAAAUGUCAGCCAGGUUACAGUUGCUGCCAAGGGACAGCUCCUUACAAUGGAAAAAUGAAUGACGUUGAUGAAGAUGGAAGUCAAGAUCUCAGAUCUUUUAUUUCAACAUUUGACAUUUUACACUUUUACAUUCUUUUUCUCUUUUGCUCUGUCAAUUUAUUUCUCUUUUUCUCUUGCUUUUUCUUUUUCCAUUGUUGUUUUUUUUGUUUUUUUUUGUUCCAUUUCUUCAUACAAAACUUUUCCUUUCUCUUUCUACUUUUCUUUUUACUCUUGCUUCUUUUCCCUUUCUCCUUUCUUUUCUUGUUUUCUUCCUUUUCUCUUCGUUUUUUUCCAUUCUUUUUCUUUUUUCCUUGUUUUCUAGUCUUCUUUUUCUUUCUAGAAUUCCUUUUUCUUACUUCUUUUUCGUUUUUUCUUUUUUUAUUUAUUCCUUUUUUCUUUCCUUUUUCUUUCUUUAUGUUUUCUAUUCUUCUCUUCUUUUUCUUCCUACUUUUCCUUUUCCUUCCUCAUCUUUCGUCUUUUUCCCUUUUUUGUUCCCUUUCUCUUUUUUUCUUUUUUACUCUUCCUUUUUUUCCCUCCCUUUUCUUUUCUUUUUCCUCCCUCUUUUCUUUCUUUUUUCUUCCUUCCUUCCUUCUUUCCCUUUUCUUUGUUUUCUUCUUUUCUGAUUGCGCUUAA